GGCAAGUGUGUCGAUUCACGUCAUUGGGAAACGCUUGUUUAGCUAUCAACCUUGCAUGUUCCUCUUUCCUGUACAGCGCUACCGUGGGCACGAGUGGUGCACAUACCAGUGCAACGAGCACAUGUUCCUGACAAUGCUCCUCCGGGUGUACCACAACGUGCAUUCGCCCCCCGAGCCCAUCAUCAGCCGCAGCAACAGUGCCCCGGCUGACAUCAAGCGCCCGCGCGAUGAGGAGCCUGGCGGUGGCGAGGGCACCUCCAAUGGUUCCGGCGGCGAGGGUGGCAUCGAUGGCGAGGGCGGCUUCGUCACCGGCCAUUAACGUGGUACUGGAGGACAGCGAUGUGGAGAUUAUCGAGUA